UCCAGUCUAUUAGUCUGGUCGGAGCUAUUCAAUAGCGAUGGCGGAGCUGAUUUUCAACGGCACGACCAUUUCUAAGAAAUGCUUCAAGAAAGCUGUAACCAAAACCCAGAAGAAGGAAGGAAAGCGCAGGCGAUGCCGCAGGGAGAGCUAUUCCGUUUAUGUCUACAAGGUGCUGAAGCAGGUGCACCCCGACACCGGCAUCUCGUCCAAGGCCAUGAGCACGAUGAACUCCUUCGUCGGUGACAUCUUCGAGCGCAUCGCGGGCGAGGCGUCGCGCCUGGCGCACUACAACAAGCACUCGACCAUCACGUCCCGGGAGAUCCAGACGGCCGUGCGCCUGUUGCUGCCCGGGGAGCUGGCCAAGCACGCCGUGUCCGAGGGCACCAAGGCCGUCACCAAGUACACCAGCGCCAAGUAGGACUCCCAUCAGUAGGCAAGGUUUAUAACCCAAAGGCUCUUUUAAGAGCCACCCACAAUUCUGAAGGGACUGUAUAAGCUCUUAGUUAAUGUGAGUCGGUCUUCAUCUAGAGAAACUUAUGGUUUUAGCAGCAAAUUGAUUUCACUGCUUGCCAAGUUUACUUUGCUCACCGUAGAAUAUGCUUGAAGAAAAUGCUUGAGAAAUAACUUUGCACGAGAGUGGUUGCAUUAUAUACAUGUUAUACAUAUUUAUGUUAUACAUAUUUAUAAUGCAUGUUAUGUAUUAAAAUAUAUAAUCUAUAUAAUCCUACAUCUGCACUUUUCAGUGAGGCUUGAGAUCUAGGUGAAGCAAUUUGGAAAGGGGAGUCAUUUGAACAGAAGUUGCAAUAAUCCUGUGUCCUUGGAGGAGAGGUCCUUCCAUGGGCCGUGAGGGCCAUGGGAAUAUGGCUCGCCUUUCUCUAGGAGUCUUAGUUUUAAGUACCCUCUCAGAUUACCAGGCAAGGAGCCUGGAGCUGUGGAAAAACUCAGGACAGUCUAGUACCCGAGCAUUAGGUUAUUACCUGUUUUGCUUCCACUUUACAUUGGCUGGUGUGUGAAAAAUGUCCUGUGGAUCAGGCUAGCUGUCCAUUAACUGCUGAUACUUGAGGACCAAAGCUCAGUUUGUUGAUCUGACUUAAUUUGAACAUUUAUUGCCAUCCCUAAACUGGGCUAUUUGUUGAACAGAUUGACAAGAGUGUGGAGAUCUUGCCGCGACACCUAAUUCACAUGUGUUACCCGAUAGUCAGGCUAACCACAAUCAGCCUGGCAAACAGAUAACGUGAGUUGAGUUGACUCUCUUUUGCAUAACUUCUUACAAGUUAUAAUAGGAUCAUCUUUGUUUUGUGAUUGGAUCAUUAAACUCGCAUUUGUGCUA